AUGAAGCCAUCUCUUCUCUCUAUAAAGAAGACAUCUGUGAAGCCAUCUCCUCUCUAUAAAGACAUCUAUGAGCCAUCUCUUCUCUCCUAUAAAGAACAUCUGAAGCCAUCUCUUCUCUCUAUAGGAACAUCUAGCAAGCCAUCUCUUCUCUCUAUAAAGAGCAUCUAUGAGCCAUCUCUUCUCUCUAUAAGACAUCUGAAGCCAUCUCUUCUCUCUAUAAAAGACAUCUAUAAACCAUCUCUUCUCUCUAUAAAGAGACAUCUGACAUCUAUAAACCAUCUCUCUUCUCUCUAUAAAGACAACUAUGAAGCCAUCUCUUCUCUCUAUAAAAGCAUCUAUGAAGCCAUCUCUUCUCUCUAUAAAGACAUCUGUAAAACUGUGAAGCCAUCUCUUCUCUCUAUAAGGAACAUCUAUGAAACCAUCUCUUCUCUCUAUAAAGACAUCCUGAGCAACCAUGAAGCCAUCUCUUCUCUCUAUAAAGACAUCUAUGAAGCCAUCUCUUCUCUCUAUAAAGACAUCAUAAAUAUCUUUCUCUCUAUAAAGACAUCUAUGAAGCCAUCUCUUCUCUCUAUAAAGACAUCUCCUAUCUCUUCUCUCUAUAAAAAUACAUCUAUAAGGCCAUCUCUUCUCUCUAUAAGGAGCAUCUAUGAGCCAUCUCUUCUCUCUAUAAAGAACAUCUAUGGGCUAUCUCUUCUCUCUAUAAAGACAUCUGAAGCCAUCUCUUCUCUCUAUAAGAGCAACCAUGAAGCCAUCUCUUAUCCAUAA